GUGUAUAAGGUGGAAGCAAAAGUUGGGUUAGUUUUCACAUUUGGUAAUUUGUUUCUACAGAAACACAUUCAAUGGCCAACAAUUGUAAAAAUGAGAAUGUUCAAUAGCUUCCAUUUUAACAUUUUAAAAAGGAUGGCAGCUUUGCUACCGAAAUAUUUGUGUCCAUCCAUCCGAUUUUAGCAAUUGAUUUGAUUGCUACCGCUCGCCUCAUUGUCAACGAGUAAAAGGUGUACUGUCAGACUGUGUAUCACCGUGCAGCCCUACACAGCUUGGAACACAAUUCCGAGGUUUUUUGUGAUUACUUAUUUUAUAUUUCAUGUUUUAUAGUUUGAUAAGUUAAAAGUGUUAUAUUUAAAAUAAAAUGGAAAACAAUCCAAGAACUCACGAAGAUAUCGAGUCUCAUAUCAGAGAUUUGCAGGCAAAAAAGAAAGAGCUGAACGCCGAAGCGGUAAAGGAUAAAGGGGUAGGAUUGGCCGACAGAGGAUACUUCGAUAGCGAGCUUUAUGAUGGUGAUGAUACGGGCAGUAAAUACGACGGAUAUGUUACAUCGAUCGCUCCAAAUGAUGACAUUGACGAUGAGGAGGACGAAGGCAUGCCCAUCGGACGUAACAAUCGUCCGAUGGGCUACACGGCACCAACAGCGCUGCUGGACGAGAUGGGACAGGGCGAGGAUUAUGAUCCAUUUGCAGAACGCCGUAAACCAACGGUUGCAGAAAAAGAAGAUGAAUAUCGCCAAAAACGGAGAAGAUUAGUCAUUUCACCAGAACGAGUAGACCCGUUCGCAGAUGGGGGUAAAACGCCAGAUGUCGGAUCGCGUUCUUAUAUGGAAAUUAUGCGUGAGCAAAUGUUGAAAGGCGAAGAAGCGGAGCUCCGCAAAAAAAUCCAAGAAAAGGCGAAAAAUGGAUCUUUGAAAAUUAAUAUGACAGAACAGGCAGUGAAACCGGCACCGAUUGAAGCGAAAAAGCGUGGCAGGUGGGAUCAAGCAGUCGAUGUGCAAUUUGUAGCACCAAAAAAGCUCGCAGUUCCAGCAACUCCAACGUGGGACGCUGAGAAAACACCUGCCGAUCAUCGCUGGGACGAAACACCAGGACACAAAGGCAGUGAAACACCCGGUGCAACUCCAAACGUGCGCAUCUGGGAUGCAACACCGGCUCACAUAUCCGGUGCAGCCACCACACCAGGCCGGGAAACGCCCGCAGAAAAGUCAACCCGUCGUAAUCGAUGGGAUGAAACGCCGAAAACCGAACGUGAAACACCCGGACACUCGUGGGCGGAAACACCCCGUGCCGAUCGUGUGUCCAGCGACGGGGUGCUCCACGAUGCCACCACUCCCGCCUCGAAGCGCCGUUCCCGUUGGGACGAAACACCGUCCAAUGCGACCCCGUCGGCCAUGACACCAUCGAUUGCUAUGACACCGACGCCGCACGGUACGACGACACCAGGCCAUGCAACGCCCUUACUCACGCCAGGAGGAACUACGCCUGUCGGUCACAAGGCAAUGGCGAUGGCAACACCGACACCGGGCCAUCUUGCUUCCAUGACUCCGGAGCAACUGCAAGCGUACCGUUGGGAGAAGGAAAUCGACGAACGUAACCGACCGUUUACAGACGAGGAGCUGGAUGUGAUGUUCCCGCCCGGAUACAAAAUAUUACCCCCGCCGGCCGGUUACAUUCCCAUUCGAACGCCGGCCCGUAAGCUAACUGCCACACCGACUCCGAUUGCCGGCACACCGGCCGCCUUUUUCAUCCAAACGGAGGACAAAUCGGCCAAGUUCGUGGACAACCAGCCAAAAGGAAAUCUGCCCUUCAUGAAGCCGGAGGACGCACAGUACUUCGAUAAGCUGCUGGUCGAGGUGGACGAAGACUCGCUCAGUCCGGAGGAGCAGAAGGAGCGCAAAAUCAUGAAGCUCUUGUUGAAGAUCAAGAACGGCACGCCUCCAAUGCGCAAAGCGGCACUCAGACAGAUUACGGACAAAUCGCGCGAGUUCGGUGCGGGACCCCUGUUUAACCAGAUCCUGCCGCUGCUGAUGAGCCCCACACUCGAGGACCAGGAGCGACAUCUGCUGGUGAAGGUUAUCGAUCGUAUUCUGUACAAACUGGACGAUCUGGUCCGUCCGUACGUGCACAAGAUUCUGGUUGUGAUCGAACCACUGCUGAUCGACGAGGAUUACUACGCGCGCGUGGAAGGUCGUGAAAUCAUUUCUAACCUAGCAAAAGCGGCCGGACUUGCCACUAUGAUCUCGACGAUGCGUCCCGACAUCGACAACAUCGAUGAGUACGUGCGUAAUACGACGGCCCGUGCAUUUGCAGUCGUUGCUUCUGCACUGGGCAUUCCGUCACUGCUGCCGUUCUUGAAGGCGGUCUGCAAGAGCAAAAAAUCGUGGCAGGCGCGUCACACCGGCAUCAAAAUCGUGCAGCAGAUAGCUAUUCUGAUGGGCUGCGCUAUCUUGCCCCAUCUGAAGUCUCUGGUCGAAAUCAUCGAGCAUGGUUUGGUGGACGAACAGCAAAAGGUGCGCACUAUUACGGCACUGGCGUUGGCCGCAUUGGCCGAAGCGGCCACACCGUACGGCAUUGAAUCGUUUGAUUCGGUACUGAAGCCGCUGUGGAAGGGCAUCAGGACGCAUCGUGGCAAGGGUUUGGCAGCCUUCCUGAAGGCUAUUGGAUAUCUUAUUCCGCUGAUGGAUGCAGAAUACGCGAACUAUUACACGCGUGAGGUGAUGUUGAUUCUGAUCCGCGAGUUCCAGUCACCGGACGAGGAGAUGAAGAAGAUUGUGCUGAAGGUGGUGAAGCAGUGCUGCGCAACGGACGGUGUCGAGGCACAGUACAUCAAGGAGGAGAUCUUGCCGCAUUUCUUUAAACAUUUCUGGAACCAUCGUAUGGCACUGGACCGACGCAACUAUCGGCAAUUGGUCGACACAACGGUCGAAAUUGCGAACAAGGUCGGUGCAUCCGAGAUCAUCAAUCGUGUGGUGGAUGAUCUGAAGGAUGAGAACGAGCAGUACCGCAAGAUGGUGAUGGAAACGAUCGAAAAGAUUAUGGCGAACCUCGGUGCAGCCGAUAUUGAUUCGCGUCUCGAGGAGCAGCUAAUCGAUGGCAUACUUUACGCGUUCCAGGAGCAAACGACCGAAGAUGUGGUGAUGUUGAACGGGUUCGGAACGAUUGUGAAUCAAUUGAGCAAGCGCGUCAAGCCGUAUCUACCACAAAUCUGCGGUACUAUCCUCUGGCGACUCAACAACAAAUCGGCCAAGGUUCGCCAACAGGCAGCCGAUCUGAUCUCGCGCAUUGCUGUGGUGAUGAAAACGUGUCAGGAGGAGAAGUUGAUGGGUCAUCUCGGGGUCGUACUUUACGAGUACCUCGGCGAGGAAUAUCCGGAGGUGCUCGGAUCGAUAUUGGGCGCAUUGAAGGCGAUCGUGAACGUGAUCGGUAUGACGAAGAUGACACCGCCGAUCAAGGAUCUGUUGCCCCGGCUGACUCCCAUCCUGAAGAACCGACAUGAGAAGGUGCAGGAGAACUGCAUCGAUCUGGUGGGACGCAUUGCGGAUCGUGGACCGGAGUACGUGUCCGCUCGCGAGUGGAUGCGCAUCUGCUUCGAGCUGCUGGAGUUGCUAAAGGCACACAAGAAAGCGAUCCGUCGUGCCACGGUGAACACGUUCGGUUACAUUGCAAAAGCAAUCGGUCCACACGAUGUGCUGGCGACGCUGCUCAACAAUCUGAAGGUGCAGGAGCGUCAGAACCGAGUCUGCACGACCGUUGCUAUCGCAAUCGUGGCGGAAACGUGUCGCCCAUUCACCGUGCUGCCCGCCCUCAUGAACGAGUACCGUGUGCCGGAGCUGAACGUACAGAACGGUGUGCUCAAGUCGCUGUCCUUCCUGUUCGAGUACAUCGGUGAGAUGGGCAAGGAUUACAUCUACGCCGUCUGUCCGCUGCUGGAGGACGCACUGAUGGAUCGCGAUCUAGUCCACCGUCAGACGGCCUGUGCCGCGAUCAAGCACAUGGCGCUCGGUGUUUACGGGUUCGGUUGUGAGGAUGCGCUCAUCCAUCUGCUGAACUACGUGUGGCCGAACAUAUUCGAAACAUCGCCCCAUCUGGUGCAGGCGUUCAUGGAUGCGGUCGAGGGUCUGCGGGUAGCGCUCGGUCCGAUCAAGAUACUGCAGUACACGCUGCAGGGAUUGUUCCAUCCGGCCCGGAAGGUGCGCGAUGUGUACUGGAAAAUUUACAACUCGCUGUACAUCGGCGCCCAAGAUGCACUCAUCGGAGGCUAUCCACGCAUUACAAAUGAUCCCAAAAAUCAGUACGUUCGAUAUGAGCUAGAGUACAACCUAUAAGUUAUUAGUACGGGACAUUAGUUGAUCAGAAAACUCGUGUGAAAUAGCCGAAAAAUGAGUUUGCUUGUAUGUCGCGGCGAGAAGCUUCGCUCUACGUCUAUUUGCACGGUUACAAACAGAUAAGAUCGAUUGCAGGUCAUAUAAACUUUUCGGAUUUUCCAUAUGGAGAGAUUUUUGAUCACUUUGUUCUUGGUCUUUUGUGACACUAUAAGCUCAAGAGGUCUUGGUCGUCUAUUUCUGACUUACUAAAUUUAUUUUUACCACGUAGUCAGAUAGUCAGUCCUUGGCUACGGGUGUUUCAGUCCGGGUGAGACUUGAUCCCCGGUCCUGUCGUGUGGAACCGGCGCCGUUUAUCACAUGCAUCACCGGGUAGCCCGGUGGUUAGUACAGAACAAUUAAAUUAGAAAUAGAUAUUAUCGAAUGUUGGAAGGUACAGGCGACUGCAUUAACCUUUCAGAAUUUCCCCAUUGGAGAGACCUAAGCUUUGAUGACUUUAUGAUUAAACAAACUUUGCUGAAAUAACAUGAAAAAUAAAAGGCAGAAAACUGGAAA